AUGCACGACACACGGCUCGACCUGGGCGUGCUGCCGGGCGGCGCGCGGAAGAGCGAGCGGGGCCAUGCAUAUGUUCCGGUGCAGUGGCUGCGCCGCCGCAAGUUUCUGAUCGGCGGCGUGUUCCUCAUUGCGGUGGUGCUCACGUACCUGAACGCAUUUGGGCACGUCCAGCGCAUGCAACCGUGGGCGAAGCCGACGGUCGACGCCGAGAUCGCGCACCUCUUGCGCACGGUGCCCGGCGCGCUGCCCGGGCGCGAGACGAGCGCACAGAGCGACCCGCUGGCGGACGACGGGCACCACGGCGCGGCGUACCCCUCGCGCUCGGACCUGACGCUCGUUCUCCUUACACAGCUCCAGGAGCCCCACUUUCAGCCACACGACUCGGUGUGGGCGACGUGGAAGGAGUGGCUGCAGGAAGGCACCGAGGUGCCGAGCGACAUGCACAUCCAGUUCCUCACCGAGCUCAAGCGCAUGGACAAUGGCACGGCGGAUGCGCGCCUCUACCUCGAGCACCCGCUGCACUGGGCGGAAAAGCACCGUGCCCGCACGCCAUUCACCGUCUUUUCCAAGUCGUACUGCCCGUACUCGAAGCGCGCCAAGGCGCUGCUCGACUCGUACGGCGCCAAGUACGACAGGUACGAGGUGGAUCUCGCACACCACAGCGACUUUUUCGCAUCGCUGCUGUGGGACCUCACGGGGCACCGCACGUAUCCCAAGGUGCUCGAAGGCGCACGCCUCCUCGGCGGCUACGACUCCUUGGAGCACCUGCACGAGGGGGGGCUGCUCCACGGCAUUCUCAACGGCGCCGGUGUCCUCCCGUCAUAG